AUGGGUCCAUCCACAUCUCAAGAUAUCGACAGUAGCACUCUUGCAUUGCUGGGCAAGAAGCAAGUCCUUAAGCGACGUUUCGGCUUCUGGUCUCUCUUUGGCUUCGCUGUAUGUGAGCUGAUUACCUGGGAGACUGUUCUUGCCCUGUUCAGCCAAGGUUUCGACAACGGCGGCCCAGCGGGUCUUGUCUACGGAUUUAUCAUCGCCUGGUCGUCGACGUUCUCAGUAUAUACUGUUAUUUCGGAAUUAGCAUCCCUUGCACCAAUUGCCGGCGGACAAUAUUAUUGGGUGUAUAUGCUUGCGCCUCCAAAAUACAAAGUAUUCAGCAGUUAUAUUGUCGGAUGGCUAACGUCCCUCGCGUGGAUAGCAACUGUUGCGACAGAAACAAUCUUCGCUGGAACAAUCUUGCAAGGCUUGAUCAUCCUUGACUAUCCCGACUAUUCCCCAGAACGGUGGCAUGGAACUCUGCUCGCAUAUCUAGUAAUUGCUGUGGCCAUUUUUAUUAACGUGGUGAUUCCGGGAAUGCUACCCAAGUUUGAGAUCUUCAUCAUUGUCUUCCAUAUUGCUGGAUUUAUCACCGUUAUAUCUCUACUCUGGACCUAUGCGCCACAUAAUUCGGCUCAUUUCGUCUUCGCCACGAGUCUAAAUGAAGGUGGAUGGCCCACACAAGGCUUGUCAUACUGUGUGGGAUUUUUGGGAAACGUGGCAACUUUUGUGGGUGCAGAUGCAUCUGUUCACCUUGCCGAAGAAGUCGAAAGAGCCGCUGUGAAUAUUCCCCGCGCCGUUCUAUGCAGCAUGCUCAUCAACGGACUGGUGGGCUUUACAAUGAUGCUAACAAUAUUGUUCUGCCUGGGUGAUGUGGACUCAGUCCUUGAGACGGCCACGGGCUAUCCAUUUAUCCAGAUCUUCAAAAACAGCGUCCAAUCCACCGCAGGAGCUACCGCUAUGGGUGCUAUCGUUCUUGCCUUAACGUGGGCUUGUGCGACAGGUAUCAUCACAACUGCAUCACGCAUGACUUGGUCCUUCGCGCGAGACAAGGGUACACCUUGGGCAACGAUCAUCAACACCGUGUCCAAGAAGCGACGCAUCCCGGUCAUGGCCGUCGUGGUGGUUACGACCCUCGCAGCUUUGCUCAAUAUCCUCUAUUGUUUCUCGUCCACCGCCUUCAACGAUGUUGUGUCCCUCACCAUCACGGGUUUUUACUGUUCGUACUUGAUACCAGCUGCGCUUUUGCUCUACCACCGAGUCAAAGGGCAUAUCGCCCCUCAUAAGCAAGAUACGCCAGGCUAUCCAGUCGUCGAUGAUAGAAGUCCCUCUCCUCCCAAAAAGACACUCGACCCAAGUUCAAAGGAGGGGCAGUCUGCACACCCAGGACUUGAUGAGCCAUUAGCUGUGCCUGCACCCCGCGGUCGCCGCAACUCUGUUGCUCAAGCGUCUCUCGUAUGGGGCCCUUUCCAUGUCCCAGGUUUGUUCGGGACGCUCAACAACGCUUAUGCGUGCGUCUACAUGGUUUUCGUCAUAUUUUGGUCUGUGUGGCCGCCCGUCACACCGGUCAGUGCUGAUACGAUGAAUUACUCCGUGGUUGUGACUGGGGGUGUUAUCAUUUUCAGUAUUAUUUGGUACUACAUCAGGGGCAGGAAAGAGUACCAUGGCCCCGUGAUUGAUGACGAGGUCGCCGCUGUGAUGAGGUUGGGAAGCGUGGUGGCCGUUUGA